AUGCAGACAUAUCUACUUGAAAAAGCGUCAUUCUCAGAGUCAACCAUGAGUAAGCUAUGUAGACAAGUGUCUAUUGAGUCUCCUGGACCUACUUUGAAGGAGUGUGUGUUUAGUUUCGAUGUACCAGUACCAGAUGUUCCUAUGUAUGGAGCAAGAAUUCGAGUAGUCUAUGCUGGUGCCUGCUAUCGAGCCAGUAGAACUCGUUCUGCUUCAGUGUGCAGCACUUCUUCAGUUUCGUCUAUUGGCAGUCUAUCAGGGGAGAUGGAAAGUUUUGGCAUACACACAUCUACCCCAGCACAUAUCGGCCUGAGAGAUGGUGCUCUGUUCCCUGGUUAUGAAGUUGCUGGUGUGGUAGAUGCUAUCGGCAAGGCUGCCGAGUGCGGUGAUUGCAUCACUGUAGGCACGAGAAUAGUAUUGUAUCCUUAUGAAGGUGUACCUCACGGAUAUGCUGACUACAUCGUAGUACCGGACUUUAAGUGUUUAGUGCCUGUUCCGGCAGAGCUGCCGCUAAGUGUCGCCGCUAUGUUGCCCACGGGCGCUUUGCUCGCUACCAAUACCGUCUACACAGCUACUGAUUGUUUAAAUACAAUUUUAGAGGGACCCAAUAAAAAGGAUAAUGCUACAGUCCUGAUCGUCGGUACAGGUGGUCUCGCUCUCUGGGCGUUACGAAUUGCUACGCAUUACUUUCGAAAAUUGUCAUAUCAUGAUCGCGUCCAUAUAUCGGUGGCGACUUUAAAAGAUGAAGGAUUUCUUUUGGCAAAAGAGGUAGAAGAGGUGAAAGUAGUGCAAUGGUCGGAGGACCUGUACGAGCGGCAGCUUGUGGAGCGCACGACGGACGCGUGCGGCGGGCCCGUAGACGUCGUGCUCAACUUCGGCACCACCUCGCGCUCCCUGCACCGCUCGCUUCAGUGCCUCGCCACGGGUGGUAUGGUGCUGGUGACAGAAGAUGUUGGUGAAAAACUAUUGCCAAAGUUUGCAAAGAAAGCUGAAGAAAUGAACGUCAACAUAGUUGUGGUUCCUAACGGUACUAUUGAGCAGCUAAAGGAGUUAGUUCAACUGGUCGCCAAGGGAGAGAUCGAGCCGCCUCCGCACUCUGUGUACCCGGCGGAGGAAGCGCAGGAAGUAGUAAGGAAACUGUGUAAUUCCGAAAUCAAGGGUCGCGCCAUACUCAAAUUUCACAACAUUGAU